AAUUUCUGUGCCCCAAUUGCUGUGCAUAACAUUCUACACCAUCAAUAUCAACACCAAUGCCGAUAAUAGCCUGCCAUGAAACUGCUCACACUACCUCCCGAAGUGAUAGUACUCAUCACUUCCUAUAUGCUGUGCGAAAACAGCGCACAAAACGAGAAAGACCUCGCUAGGCUUGCCAAUACCUGCCAUCAACUUCAUAGAGUGGUUAAUCCUAUUCUCUACCGUCAUAACUGCAGCUUCUCAGGAAGCUCAGCCUUGCUAUGGGCUGUUGAAAGGGACAUUCCAGAGGUCGUAGCUAAUGCCUGCGAUGCAGGCACCGACCUUGAACGUUGCUAUGGGAUGCCGCUGUUACGCUGUGCCGCAGGCAAGGGACAUGUACGUGUCAUUCGGGAAUUGUUACAACGAUGCAGACUUCGUUUCUUUGACACUAAAACUGCGGUUACUGUUGCACUCGAGAACGAUCUCGCAGAAGUGAUACAGGUACUUGUCGACAAUGGCCUAGACCCUUCAAAACCAAUUGAUAGCAUGCUCAAGACAUAUUUGCACCAGGCUUCUGAGUUGGGUGCUGUCAAAUCUGUUGCUGUCAUGUUAAAGGCUGGCGCCAAUGUCUCAGCUCGCCAUCAUAUCGACGGAACGCCGUUGUACUUCGCUGCGAUUAAAGGCAAGGUUGAGGUGAUUAAGUUACUUAUGGAACGUGGCGCAGACGCAGGCCGCCUUGGUGUCGAAGACUAUUCGCCGCUUGCAGAAGCUGUACGAAGAAAUCAGCCGCUCGCCAUAGAAGCAAUACUACAGAGCAGCAGAAAUACAGGCAUGACCAAGAGCAAAGUAAUACCCGCAUCUUUGUUCUAUGCGGCUGCAGCAUCUGGCUCGCCUACUCUAAUAAAACUGCUUAUUGAGCAUGGUGCCAACCCGAAUAUUGCACCAGAUGGGCGGUUCCCCCUCACAGUGGCUGCCGAGUGUGGUAACGUCGAGAUGGUUAAGGUUCUGCUAGAGUGCGGAGUUGAUAUUGAUGCUCAAUAUGAAGGGGACGACACCCCAUUGCACAUGGCUAUGAAGGGCAAUCACCCUGAAACAAUCAUGGUGCUCAUUGAGGCUGGAGCAAACGUCUCCUCGGCUGAUAGGAGCGGCCUUCAACCGUUACACAUGGUGCCGCAGUGUGACAAAUCUGCAGAGAUCAUCGAUUCUCUAUUGGCGAAGGGGGCUGACUUAUCUGCUGUUAGCAAUGACGGAUUAACGAUUCUCCAAAGCAGUGCAGAGGUCAGCAACUUCGAUGUGGUCCGUCUUCUUCUUGAACGGGGCGCACAUCCCAAGCUAUCCACUGAUCGGACACUGCUGCUAGCAUCCCAUCAUGGUCAAGAGUGGAUCGUUGAGCAUCUCCUAAACUGUGUUUGUGAUUUGGAGAUGACAGACAACGAUGGAUGCACUCCACUACUCGCCGCAGCACAGUUUGGCUCCCUCAAAGUGGUCCGUAUGCUCCUUAUAAAAGGUGCCAAUAUCAAGGCUACCAACAAAUCGGGAUGCGGGUCAGCCUUAUUAGCGGCUAUUGGCUCGCACGCCGAUAUCAUAUGUGAGCUUCUUGGUACCGGCAACGUUGAUCUGGACCAGCAAGACUUGGACGGUCGAACAGCUCUCUUUUAUGCCAUCAUGCUUGGCCAUCAAUCUGUUGUCGAAGCACUCCUCACACACCAUUCCCCUCCUGCACUCAACACCAAAGAUAGGUAUGGGGCGACACCAUUCAUCAUGGCCGCACGAAAUGGUCAUCUGGCUCUCAUAGAACAUCUUCUUCCAUUUGUCAACCAGUGGGACGUACUGCAUGAUAGAGAUGAUUGGGGCCAAGAUGCUCUGUACUGGGCUGCGGUGUGCAAGAACCCGCAAGUCAAGAAUCGCCUCGAAUCUUAUGCUCGAGAUUUGGGCAUGGAUGCGCGGUCUUAUGUUAGCACGCCUAUUCAUCCCCAUGCCCUAUUUACAAGCCAGACUUGCUAUUGCGACGUGUGUGGGAGAUGUACAAUACACGGCAUGCGGGGGCGAGCCCAACAAUGUCGUCACUGUGUCUGCGCUGCCGGAGGCCAGUUUCUCAUUUGCUCGUCUUGCUCUAGAGCGGGCGCAAAGUGCAGGGACGCCAGUCAUAUAUGGGACCUUUAUGAAUGCGGGAAUGGGGAUAUGUCUGCGUAUGGUUCGGACUCUGGGUCCGCCUCUGAGCCUGAGGAAGAGCCGUAUGAUAGUGAUGGUGCCGAUAGAGAGCAAAAUUAAGCGUUUUCAAAAUCUUAGCAGCUUGUUUACUUGUUUUUUCUAUAAUAUGAUAUAGAGGUAUUUUUAGUAGUAGGAGACCGAGGAUAGUGUAAAG